CGGGAGCACUUAAACGUCGGAAGUGAAGUGUGCUUGUAAACGAUGGGUAAUACCGAGAGCAAUGUUACGAGCGGCGUGAAGAAACAAACGGACACGUCGUCCAUCCAGCUCUAUAAAUUAGUCGAUUUGAAGGGUGGCGGAUUGUUAGUGGAUAUGAUGAAGAGAGCCACGCAGACCAAGCAAUUCGCGGAGCUGGAUCACUCGUUGCGGACGAAGGUCGAGCCGUAUCUGUACAACAAGGGAAAAGGCAAAUGGAUACCCGUGGAAAAGUUGGUCCUCUUUCGAAAUAAAGAUGGUCCGCGGCAUAAGAUGCUGCCGCCUCUAAAGGCUAUGGAAAACCCAUCGGAUUACGACAUAGAUAAAGACAUGGGCGACGAGGAUGUUGACGAGGCUAAGAUAGAUAAAAGCAAAUACAGAUUGGUGUGUUGGAAUCUGAACGACCGAGGUGCCGUCGGCGAGACUAUUUUGCAUUUGUGCAUGCUAAACGCGACCGCCAUCCACGCCGAUUUGGCAAAACGACUGUUGCGCUUCUAUCCGCUGCUUAUAAACGAUAUUUACAUGAGCGACGAGUACUAUGGAGAGAAUGUCUUGCAUAUCGCUAUCGUGAACGAGGAUCCGUCGAUGGUCAAGUUCCUUCUCGACAGCGGGGCGGACGAUCCGUGCAUUAUUCACGAGAGAUGCUUCGGCAACUUUAUGUGCCCAGAAGAUCAGAAGGCGUCGAGGUUCGACAAUAUGGACCACGAGUGGGUGUGCGUCACACCGGAGACCAAUUACAGCGGCUACGUGUACUGGGGAGAGUAUCCGCUAAGUUUCGCCGCGUGUCUUGGUCAGGAAGAGUGUUACAGGCUUAUACUAGCCAGAGGCGCGGAUCCCGAUAAGCAGGACACGAAUGGCAACACCGUUAUGCAUAUGCUGGCGAUAUACGAAAAAGUGGCCACGUUCGACAUGGCCUACGAAGUAGGGGCUUCUCUCGGCAUAAGAAAUGUUCAACACCUGACUCCGUUGACCUUGUCAGCAAAGUUGGCCAGGAUCGAGAUGUUCUUUCACAUCCUGAACAUCGAAAGGGAGAUAUACUGGCAAAUCGGUAGCAUAACUUGCGCGGCCUACCCCUUAUCGCAAAUAGAUACGAUCGACGUUAACACGGGAGUGAUCAACAAGAAUUCCGCCCUGAAUCUGGUUGUCUUUGGCGACAAAGACGAACAUUUGGAGUUGAUGGACGGUGUGCUAGUCGAUCUUUUAAACGCCAAGUGGAAUACCUUCGUGAAAUUUCGAUUCUACCGUCAAUUCUUCCUCUUCUGCUUCCACUUCAUACUCUCGGUGAUUAGCUUCACCCUUCGCCCUGGCCCGACGAUCGUGGAGACGGACGAAAACGCGAACGACACGUCGACGAGGACGAAUUCCUCCAACAUAACGGAGCCCAUGAUUCUCAAGCACCUCCAAAGCUCGGAUCUGUCGGACUUGGUUACGAAUAGCCUCGUGGCGGCUUUCACCUCGAAUCUGAAGUCAUCAUCGUUAAACAUGACCCAGGAAUCGUUGGAGAAGAUCCAGCUGCAAGUAACGUCGAACAUCACGUCGGCCCUGAAGAGCAUUUUGCUCUUGAGCGAAAACGAGGGCAUUCUAAGUCCUCCUGACGAGCCCGCCAUUCACACGCUGUGGUACACCGACAGUCCUCCAAACGCGUCCGACUAUUUCACGGAUGCGUACAACAAAACCGUCGCAGAUGCGAAUUCGACUGUCAAAACGAUGAUCGACGACGCAUUAUCAAAAUUUGAUGACGAUUGGUGGGACGAUCUCACAGAGGAGUGCAGAUUGAUGCAGCUAUCAGAAACGAGUGCAAAGUUUCGUCUAACUGCAGAAAUUUUUAUGUACAUUUCGGCGGUGCUCUACAUCUUAGCUGCGUUGCGGGAGGCGAGAUUCUUAGGUCUUAAUAUAUUCAUCGAAAAUCUCGCGACGGCGCCGUCGCGCGUGAUGUUCCUGUUCUCGUGCUGCAUCCUGCUGUCGUUCCCGUUUCUACGAUUUGCCUGCGCCGACGAGGUCGAAGACAUGCUGGCGGUCGUGGUGAUGCUGACGACGGCGCCGUACUUUCUGUUCUUCUGCCGUGGCUUCAAAACGGUCGGGCCGUUCGUCGUGAUGAUUUACAGGAUGAUCAUGGGCGACCUCCUCAGAUUCGUCUGCAUCUACCUCGUCUUCGUCAUGGGAUUUUCGCAAGCGUACUACAUCAUAUUCCUGUCGUUCGACAACCCAAACACCCCGGAAGGCAUCGACGACUCGAUGACGAAUCCGAUGCCGUCGCCGAUGGAGAGCGUGAUGGCGAUGUUCCUGAUGAGCAUGACGAAUUUCGGCGACUACUUCGGCGCGUUCGAGAGAACCGAGCACGAGUUCGAGGCCAAGCUGCUGUUCGUGUUGUACAUGGCGAUCGUGGCGAUCCUGCUCGUAAACAUGUUGAUCGCCAUGAUGGGCAACACUUACCAGAAGAUAGCCGAAACCAGGAACGAAUGGCAACGGCAAUGGGCGCGCAUAGUCUUGGUCGUGGAGAGAGGCGUGAGUCCCGCUGAAAGACUGAAAAAGUUGACGGACUAUUCCCAGCCGAUGUCCGACGGCCGUCGGGCGUUGGUUCUGCGAUUGCAUCAAACUGAGAACGACAAGGAGGAGAUGAAGGAGAUACUCGAGAUGAAGAGAACCCACGAUAGAUUGCUGAAAAAAAGGCAGAGCAGACUGGUGAAGGAGAAGAUUAUAUCCGAGGCGGAGGCUAUUAUUACGAGGAACUGAAGAAGUAAUGCGCUAAUCUCCGCUAAUCUCCGUUUUAUUCCGAACUCAGAUCGAGCUGAUAGCCGGAGUUUCCAUGACGACAAACCGUCGUGUUAUCAAUGCCGGACUGUCGUGGAACUCGAUCGGAGAG